UGUUUUCAUUGGAAACUGAGCUCAUUUUAUUCACGGGGGGACACAUUUCAGUGCUACACUGAAAGUAGCACGGAUGUAAUUUGAUGCAGCGCAUGUUCUUGUUCCGGUCUCUUUUUCCGCUGCCACCGGACGAAAAUGACGAAGGGGACAUCAUCUUUCGGUAAGCGCCGAAACAAGACGCACACCCUGUGCCGUCGCUGUGGGGCCAAAGCCUAUCACCUGCAGAAGUCCUCCUGUGGCAAGUGUGGUUACCCCGAAAAGCGCAAGAGGAAAUACAACUGGAGUGCUAAGGCUAAGAGGAGGAACACCACCGGAACUGGCCGCCUGAGACACCUGAAGGUUGUCUACCGGAGAUUCAGGAAUGGUUUCCGGGAGGGCACCACCCCCAAACCCAGACGUGCUGCUGUGGCCGCCUCCAGCUCAUCCUAAAUGAUACGUUUUGUUGUUUAAAAUAAAUGGGACGUUAAACAGGAGUUUCAGAGUCGUGUCGUGAUUUUUAAGAUCUGGUGAUGUUGUUCCAGUGUUUGCUUUAAGCUGAUGUUGGUGGACGGCUGUACAGUUUACAAUCGGAUGUAACUGAUAUCAAUAAAGUUUUUAUUGUCA